UUUUCUUCUGGAAUAAAUUCAUCUUAAAAUUAUUAAAAAAAAAAUCAAGAAAAUUUAUAUAAAAUUAUAAACUAUAGAAAUUUGUAUUUUUUAUCCAUAUUUUUUAUUUUGUUUAUACUUAUUACAUUGCAUUAAUUGUAUAUAAAACGAAGAAAGUGAGACUGAUUUGCUAAGUAUCCAUUUUACAUUUGACAAAAGUAAAUCGGAAUUAGAAAAAGCUUUGAAACUAAGAAAAAAUGUCGUCGUUAUUGAACGAUUUGAGACAAUUUCGUUUACAAAAGAAUAAAAUGCCUUCUGGUGAUGAUAAAGAUUCAGAAUCUAACUCGAAGCCUGAAUUAGUUCCUGGAAGAAAACGAGUUCAAACACUUCCUUCAAGUGAUAGCGAAGAUCAUGAUACUCCACAAAAAGUAAUAAAAAUUCAGUUAACGACCAAUGAGAAGGAAAAAAGAUUUUUAGCUGCUUUAAAAUUGGCUCCUGACUAUGAUACAAUGGAUUUGCAGGAUGCUUUAGUGCGUAAUAAUUGGGAUGUUUCUGCUGCUAUAAAAUAUCUUAAAGAACAUUAUCCAAAAAAAGGGAACCGAACUACAAAUGGUGUUUCAAAUCAUACAAAAAAAAUAAAAAGAAAGCGUCCUUCAUAUUUUUCGGAUGACGACGAUGAUGAUGAUGACAGCGAUGGAAACAAUAUGGCCCGACAAGAUAACCGCGUAUACGAUAGCGACAGUGACAGUGACAUUGAAGUCACACGAAGUAUGUCUUCAUCAAGGAAAGCUGUUUUUGAGUUUAUGAAUAAGGCUUCAGUUAUUGAACUAUUAUGUGUAAAAUCUUUGUCAGAAAAAAAAGCUAACGCUAUAAUAGAGUUACGUCCAUUUGAGAAUUGGGAAGAUUUAGCUAGAAAACUUGAAAAUUCGAAAUCUCUUUCUGGUGACAUUUUGAAUAAUACACAGGAAUUGUUAUUAAAACAAAAUAAUGUCGCUGCAAUCAUGGAAAAAUGUAACAAAAUGGUUAAAAAUUUGGAAGGGGCUAUUUCUGAAGGAUGCGGUAUUACAGAGCAACCAAAAUCACUCAAUCCGGCAUUCAAAUUAGCAGAUUAUCAACUAAUUGGUUUGAAUUGGUUAGCUGUAAUGCAUAAGCUUAAAAUGAAUGGAAUUUUGGCGGAUGAAAUGGGAUUAGGAAAAACAAUUCAAGUUAUUGCAUUUUUGGCGUAUUUAAAGGAGAAUAAUUUAGCAAAACAUGCCCAUUUGGUUGUAGUUCCAUCAUCAACUUUAGACAAUUGGGAACAAGAAUUUAAAAAGUGGGCCCCGGACUUAGUCUUAGAAAAAUACUAUGGCAACCAAGAAGAACGUCGCGCAAUGAGAGCAAAAUUCGUUAAUGCAGGUUUUACUGGUUUUGAUGUACUUCUAACUACAUAUCAUAUGGUUCAAUCAGGUCCAGAAGAACAAAAAAUGUUUAAAAUUUGUAAGUUACACUAUGUAAUAUUUGAUGAAGCCCAUAUGUUGAAAAAUAUGACAACGCAACGAUAUUCGCAAUUAAUAAAUAUAAAUGCUGAAAUGAGAAUAUUGUUGACAGGAACCCCGUUGCAAAAUAACUUGCUUGAAUUAAUGUCGUUAUUAUGUUUUGUAAUGCCCUCAUUUUUUGCCAAAAAUAAAGAAGAUAUAAAAAGUUUAUUCAGUAAUAAGCAAAAAGUUAAAACUGAUGAACAAAAAACCAACACAUUUGAAACAACUCAGGUUGAGAAAGCAAAAAGCAUAAUGAAGCCAUUUGUUUUGAGGCGAGUUAAGGCUGAUGUACUAAAAAAUUUACCGACCAAAACGGAACAUGUUAAAAAAGUACCUAUGACUGAAACUCAAAGCGUUCAAUACCAACAGUUAUGCGAUUACUAUAGAAAUGAUGAAAAUGAAAUUACUGGUACACAAGAAACAGCUGGUUGUGCUAUUAUGAUGGAAAUGCGUAAGCUUGCAAAUCAUCCGCUUUUAUUAAGACACUAUUUUGACGAUGAAGAAGUUAAGGAAAUAGCUAUAAAAUUAACAAAAUCUCAAACAUUCAAAGUUAAAAAUCCUGAUCAUGCAUUUGAAGACAUAGCUUGGAUGUCAGAUUUCCAAAUAUACCAAACUUGUGAAAAGCAUGGAAUUUAUGAUGUUACCAUUCCAAAUGAUUUAAUUUUAAAUUCCGGUAAAUUUCGGGAAUUGGAUUCACUGUUACCUAAAUUAAAAAAAGAUGGCCAUCGAGUAUUAAUAUUUAGCCAAUUUACAAUGAUGCUGGACAUUGCAGAAAAAUAUUUAUCAAUAAGAAAACAUCGUUAUUUACGUUUAGAUGGUCAAACACUUGUCACAGAACGUCAAGAGUUAAUUGAUAAGUUUAAUAAUGAUUCGGAUAUAUUUUGCUUCUUAUUAUCAACUAAAGCUGGUGGUAUGGGUAUAAAUUUAACUGCAGCUGACACUUGUAUUAUACACGACAUUGAUUUUAAUCCUUAUAAUGAUAAACAAGCAGAAGAUCGUUGCCAUCGUAUGGGGCAAUCAAAGUCUGUAGAUGUUUAUCGUCUUAUAUCUAUAGGUACAAUAGAAGAAGCAAUGCAUCAUAUUGGUAACGAAAAAUUAAAAUUAGAACAACAACUUUCUGGUAGAGAAAAUGGUAAACAAGAGCUUAAAAAUAUGGUUAGAUUAUUAACAAUGGCAUUAGGUAUGAACGAACAGAAAGCUGAAACUUUAUUAUCACCUGAAUUAAAUAAAAAUCUUAAAACAAACCGUAGAAUACAAAAAGAAAUUGAAGAAUUUUAACUAUGAAUAUCCAAAGGUUUUAUUUUUCUGUACAAUUUAAUAACUAAGUAAAUAUUUUUUUAUAUUUUUAAUAUCUGGCAUUAUUUUAUUCUUUAUUAAAUACAACUUCAAGAUUUUGCUAUAUUAUAGAUUUUGCUAAAAUAAAAUAAGUGCGAAAAAAAAUUAAAAAUAUUUUUCACACUAAAGUAUUUGAUUUAAUAAUAAAUAUUUUUUUUUAUCGCAAGCACACUUGUCAUGAAAUUUAGGUAGUUUACAAUUUUUAGUAUGAAAUGUAUUUUAGUUUUUA